AUGUCGUCCAAAGGACAUCACUGCUCCCUUCCGGCGGUUCUCCGAUUGGGCGAUUCUCUAACACAUCUGCCCCCAAUCCUUCCCGGCACAACGAUUGCCGGCCGGUUUCUUCGCUACAUCCGAACGCUCCUGCUCAUCUCACCGGAUCAUCCUGAAACACAUCUCUACUAUCGCAGUCGAUCGAAGAUAGCGGCCGAAAAUGCGAGACUCGUCCGGGACCUGCCACCCUUCAUCGUGCACCCGUUCAGCAGCUUUCGCAAGUGCUGGGAAAUGCUGAUGUACUUCGUGUUGACACUGCACCUCAUAACGCUUGCAUUCGCGUUCGCAUUCGCACCACAUCUUCCGUACAAAAUCCUGUGGAGGAUGCAAUUCUUCGACUGUGUGCUGUGUGCGAUGCUUGGGAUGGAGUUUGCCCUCAAGCUGAUCACUGGAUACGUUAGCCAGGGUGAAGUGGUACUGGAACCAAGUCGGAUUGUACGUUACCGAUUACGGUGGUGGAAUGUGGUCAAUCGGAUGCUGCUGUUCGUACCGUACGUGCUACUGUUGGACGAGUUGGUGCGAGCCUUUUAUCAGGACGCGGAGGCCGCAUACCUAUGCCUGGUAAUCUACCUGUAUCUGCUUUGCAUCUGGCGCUUCCGAUCCAUCAACUGGUACUUCGGAACCGUUGCACGAAGUUUGUUUUGUUUGUCCGAAAAGCACAUUCGUUACCUGGAACCGAUUAUGGACACGCUAUAUGUGCUGCACUGGACUUCCUGUCUGCUGUACAUUGUGCCGAUGUUGACACUGUCCCUUCUCGGUAACAAUGAGUUCGAAGCUAGCUUCCUGGUGGAUGUGCUCUGGAGCCAUGAUCAGCAUCGAGACUCUGCGCUGUACCCAAUAACUCACCGGGACCGUUUACCUCCAAUCAGCGACGUUCGAGGAUACAUCCAGGAACGUCUACCAAAAAAUUCCAUUUGUGGAGAUUUCUUGAACGCACGGGUAGCGGAUGUCGAGCACAAUGUGUCCGUGAUCUACCGAUAUCUUCGAGCCGUGAUGAUCACGCUCAAGAUAAGUUUACAGGGAGGCCACUCACUCUCCGUCACGCAUCACUUCCUGCACGAAUGGACCCAAUCGCUUCUACUUCUCGGUGGUUGGAUCUGGUCCACCUACAUCCUACUUCUGCUUAUCCGAACCAUCAUAACAGCGGACGCUAGCGAAACCCAGUACGAUGAGAUACUGAACGAAAUCGAUGCUUUCUGUCGCAGGAUGCGUCUCGGGAACACUUUCAACCGGAAGAUGAGUCGCCAUUUCGCUUGCCACUAUCGCAUGCACUACUUCGACGUACGUCCAAUUCGGAUGCAAGCCUCAGACAAUCUGCGUCGCACGGUACUGAUGGAGAUAGCAUUUCAACCGUUCCUAGUCCGAAGUGAUGUGUUCCGAGAUCUUCCAGCGUAUGUACUGCAGGACAUUGCUGAUGAGCUGAAGUUUGCGAUAUAUCUGGAGCAGGACGCAAUCAUUACGGCAGGUAGUUCGGCGGAAACGAUGUACUUUCUUGCGAUCGGUACCGCUGCGGUGUAUACGCCCGAUGGAGUAGAGUUGGGUCAUCUGAUCGAUGGUGCCAACUUUGGAGCGAUCGCACUCUUUCGCGCAGAUGCUCAGCGUACGGUGAGUGUGGUAGCAUUGGAGGUUUGUGAAGUUUAUCGGUUGGAAAGGGAACGCUUCCAGAAGCUGAUCAAACCACACAGUUACCUUUUGGGACAUGUGGUAAAGCAGGCAGAGAAGCGAAUUGCGGAAAGGAAUCUUUCGAUUAAUGAGUGUCCCGACGACCAGUAUUACGAUACCUUUUUUUACUGA